GUUUGCUGUAACAAACGACCGAAAACGUAGUAAAAAUGUUAAAUACUUUCUUCAUGUGGAUAAACAUCGAUUGAUGGCAACCAUCUUUGUUUAUUAGGAGUCGACCAUUUUCAGUGUGGAUUCGUCGUAGAAACUAUUCGUGUUCGUUCAACAAAGCAUUUCAAACACGCAUUAUAAAAAAAAAUUAAAUAUCCAUACAAUAAAAUCAGUUUUGUUGCAUCCAAUUAAACCAAACAUUUAAACAAUGUCUGAAGCCUGGCAAAACACAGACGGUCAACAAGCGAACCGUGGCUACAAUGGCGGCAAUCCAACAUUCGGAAGCCGCAACUUUAACAACAGCAACUUUAACAGAGGACCACGUCGCGAUAAUGCCAUGAAUGGCGGUGGAUACCAAGGACAACGUCCAAGCUAUGCCAAUGGAAAUGGCUACGGUGGCCAACAACGUAGUUUUGGGCAAAAUGGUGGUGCCGGACGACCAAAUUUCUACGGCGGUGGUGGUGAACGCCAACCAAGAAUGAACUUCAACAACGGUGGUGCACCAAGAACCUACAACAACUUUGAUCCAAACAGCGCAUCAAGCAAAAUGGACAUUGAUUCGAAGAAAGUCGGCAUGGUUAUUGGCCGUGGUGGCGGCAAAAUUCGUGAAAUUCAAGAUAAUUUCAACGUGCACGUUAAAAUCGAUCGCGAUCCAGGCCUGAAUGGAUUGACUGGCGUAACGAUUCGCGGUGAAGAAGAAUCGAUUGCACAGGCCAAACAAUUCAUACAAGAACUCAUAGCUGUCAAGUAGUUGGACAAUCGAAUGAGAUGUUAAUUCACUCGACAUUUCAUUACUAACACUUUUGACGUUAAUAUAUUCAUUUUUUCGCUAUUUUAUGUCAUACAAAUUAAAACAACACAUUAAUCGAAUAUUGCAAAGGGAAAUAGAAAUUGAGAAAAAAAAAGAAACAAAAUAAUGAAAAAACAAAACAACCGGAAAUUUUUAGUGGUAUGAUCGGUAUAUUAUUAUUAUGAGAACAAAAUGGAAAUGAAAAUGAAAAAUGAAAAAUGAAAAAUUAAUAAUGUGAAAAAACAGAAAACUAAUCAUUAUAAUAAAAUAUUAUUGGCGAAUAUAUGAAACAAAAAAGUA